AUGAGUAAUCUGAGCCCGAUCGCGAUGUUCGGUUCGAAUGAUUUGGCACUCUGGGGUGCGAACUGGGGAUGUUCGAUCCCCCAGCGUAGAAGUCAGUCCUUGUUCGUCCACAAGCUCCAACAUCGGCACCUUGACACUAUGCAAGAUCGGGAGCCGAAGACUUUGCAAGCCAAGAGGGAUGAAGAGCAUCACCUAGGCAACUCGUCGACCGGCGACAACGACCUGACGCUCGAUCAGCUUCGAGCGAAGAAUGGCGGGGUCGGUCAAGCAACAGUCGUCGCAGCCGGUGGCAUCGUUUUGGAGGAGAUCGAGACCGAUCCUGAACAGGUUACGACGAGGUGGGAACUGUGGAGCUAUUACGUCUACUAUGUGAGCACUGAACUGGGUCUUGUUCUUGCUUCGGUGGGCACUGACUCAGCUUGGACCUCCUCCCUCACCUCAUGCAACUGACCCGGCGACCGCGGCAAUUUCCCCGAUCGUCUCGACCCUGGCCCCCUGUAAUAGAUUGGCAAUUCGGGACUAGGACGUGAGUCACGCUUCUUCAUGAUACAAGGUCACUGUAGAUAUCGAUAUACCUAUUCAAUUUUGCUUUCACUACCUCGUCAAUGCCAGCCUUCAACUUUGGCCCCACGCAGUUCCAAAAUCUGCUCUACUACGCCGGCCACAACCUCGGCACCAACGACCCCUGUGAUAGCUCAGUCCCAUGCGUGCUCCCUGCUUUCGGUCAAGCCGAACGGAAUGUCAGCUCCACGGUUCUUGUCGCGAAUGGUAUCUCGUUCGCAAUCCAAGUGGUACGUCUGCUACACCGUCCAGAUUUCAUUUCCGACGCCCGAACUGAAUUGAGCCUCGUCGUUUCGGUUCGAUAGGUCAUCUUCCUGAUGAUCGGAUCGUAUGCGGAUUAUGGCACCUGGAGGCCCUGGAUCCUCAUCUUCUGGACGACUGUGGCCAUCGCCGUUUCCUUUGCCUGGCUCGGAGUCGAUACCCCAGACAAGUGGCAAGCCGCCACAGCGCUCUACAUCAUCGGCCUCAUUGCCUACCAGGGUGCUCUUGCCUACUGGGCCGCAGCUUUCCCUCGUCUGUCUCGCAACCUUCCCGAAAUGCAACAAGCGCAAACGGAUCUCGUUGCGGGCGAGACGACGUUGGAAGCAUUCAACACGCUCGAUAUGAUGUCGAGGAACAGGUUGUCCAAUAUCGCUUUCGCAGUUUGUUCGCUAGGCGAGGUGGUCGUUUUGUUCAUCCUGGCUGGGAUCCUGUAUGGGAUCAAGGCGAACGGUUCGGUGGCUCAAAAUACAAGAGCCCUCUCGAUCGUUUGGUAAGUCGAGUGCAUGAGCUUCCAGGUCCGUGGUGCUCGGUUCGCUCACCUCUAACUCUGCUUCCCGCAGCGCAUACUCAGCAGCUGUCUGGAUCCUCUGUGCCCUUCCAUGGUUCAUCCUUGAAAAACACCGGCCUGGACGUACCCUACCUCCCGGGACGAACUACUUUACUGUCGGAUUCAAGAAUCUUUACAUCGCCGCGAAAAAGAUGUACAAGCUCAAGGAUGCGAUGUUCUACUUUGUAAGUGGGCUUCCGCCGGCUCUUUCCGUCCGAGUGGAAGCAAAAUCUGACCGGGAGCUAUCCUCUUCCUGCUUUCAGGCUUUCUACUUCUUGUUCAAUGACGUCUUGGCUACAGGAGUGAGUCAGAGUUGGGGUACUCCCCCCACGCCUCGGAAAUGCCUCUGUGUGGUUGAUGUUUAUCGUGUCCUGCUAUUUUCUGGCAGGUCACCGUCAUUUCAACUUUGCAGUAUGCGACGGUCACUUUCGAUACGAUCACGCUCAACUGGCUGCUUCUGGUGUAAGUCGGUCGUACACGAAAGAGCUGCCACGCGGGAGGAUCAACGUGACCUUGCCGUCGUCCCCACAGCGGAAUUGUUGCCCAAGGUGCCGGCGUCUACAUCUUUUGGAGGAUCCAAAAAUUCUGGCAGGUUUCGACUCCUCGCAUGUUCCACUAUGUCGUCGGAUCAGUCAUGUUGCUUAGUUCGUCUAUCACUUCCAGUUUCUCUCUCUUCUGUUUUCGACGACUGAGUUCGUGUGUCCUUUGAUCCUUCCUCUCACCAGUCGUUUGGGGCAUGAUCGGUAACUGGACGACUAAGUUUGGCUACCACAACAAGUGGGAGUUCUGGCUGUAUCAAGGUAAGCGAGUCCUUGUUGCAGAUCGCUUAUCCAUAACAAUAGCUAAAAUUCAACUCGUCCCCACCCUCACGAUCAUUAGUCGUCUACGGCCUCGGCGGCUGCACGUGGUACUCGUACUCGCAAACGAUGAUCAGCGAAUUUACCCCCGCCGGCCACGAGUUUCUGUUCUUCAGUCUCUUCACCAUCUCAGGCAAAUCGUCGUCUUUCAUCGGGCCUUUCGUGACGAGUGCGAUCUCGAACCGAACGAGUGAGUCGACUUUCGUACAGCUCAGUCUCUUGCCCCUGGAGAAUCGCAGCCGAUCCGACGGUCUUCCCUAUCCCUCCACAAUGGCUAGACAAUGUUUCGGCCUCGUUCUACUUCCUCUUCGCCCUCGGUAUCGUGGCGUGCGGUAUCCUACCUUUCCUCGACGUCGAACGAAGUCAUCGCGAUUGCGCGGCGUUCAUCGAAGCGGAGAAGCAAGAGUUGGAGGUUCACAAAUUCGAAUAG